GCCCGACCCUCCUGCCGAGCGCCUUCGUGGCGCCCGCGCCCUCGGCGCGCCCGACCGCCUCGGGGGCCACCGUGCGGGGGCAGGUGGCCCGGGCCGCGCGCGGCGGCGGAGAGUACGACGUCAGCGAUGCCGACAUCCAGGCGUUCUACGACGAGACGAUCUCGGGCAGCGGCGGCGACCCCCCGAAGGGUUCGAUCACGGCGGAGCUCAUCGUCAAGCACUUCCACGGGGUGUGGGACGACAAGGGCACGUUCACCCGCUACAGCGGCCAGUGGAAGGGUCCGCCCCCCGGGGGGAUCGGCAAGAGGGACAUCGCCGUCGGCAUCGCGGGCCUCAAGGAGCAGAUGAAGUUGGGCAAGCACGUCGUCAAGGGCGGCCCCGGGAACGACGAGACUCAGAAGGUGAAAGACGACGGAAAGGGCUGGGUCUGGCUGGCCGCCGACAUGAGCCCCGGCGGCCUGGCGGUGCAGCUGUACACCUCCGUUCCGUACGGAAAGCGCCCGCUGCUUGUCGCCAAGCGCUCCGAGGUGGACACCAUGUUCGAGAAGGCUGGUCUCAAGGGUUUCAAGGGCUGCACAUUGUUCCUCGCGACAUUACUUGUGUACAAGGUGCGGGCACGACCAUUGACUAUGGCAUCAUGUGCAGCAAUUUGGUCACACGCAUUUCGCAACCUUCUGUGGAUCAGGAAGCGGCCACGUAUCCUCAUCUCCAUGUGCAUUUGCCAGUGUUGGUGCAAAACGUGGAAGCUAGGGUGCGUGUACCUUGUGAGCCCCGCGGCUGGCGGUCCAGGGCUCCCAUGGGAUGUGCACGAUUUCUUCGUUACGUUGAGUGGCAGGUGGCCCUCCGAUGUAUUGAUGCUGCGCAGGGCCAAGCAGCAGGACUUCAGCGUGCGUGGGACCAGGUUGUCCAUGCCAUUGAAUGUGAGCGCUCGGAUAGAUGAGACCACCUACAUCGCGAAUGUGCGGAUCAUGCUGAACGGGGACAGCCUGUGGUCGAUCCUUGGAAGCGCGAUGAGUCUAUCAGUCUUUGCGCAGUGCUCAGCGAAGCCCGUCAUCAUGCAUUUCCGCUGCGGCUGGGCUGGAUGGCGGUUGCGUACCAUCUUCAACCGCGUCCAGAUCGGAUCCGAACGUCUUCGGCGAGCGCGCCUGGCGGAGCUCAUCUUGCAGCUAGCCGCGCAGCGGCGCGUCGCAGGCUCGCUGCUCCGCGCUGUGGUGAGCGGCUGGGUUUUCAUCCUCUUGUUCCGCGGGCCCCUCCCAUGCCUCCUCUGGCACGUCCUCCGGCGCCUUCCCGACCCCGGUCGCGAUUUGGAGGUGUUCGAGUUGCCGGCCAGCGCGCGACAGGAGCUCGUGCUGUUGGCGGCGCUCUGCCUUUCGAUGACUUCGAACAUCAGGGCUCAUCCUAGCGACGUGCUCGUGGCCGCUGACGCCCCGGAGAGCGCCCUGGGCGCCGUCGCAGCGCCCAUCAGCCGCGCGCUGCGCCGCGAGCUCUGGCGUCUGCGCGACCGCCGUGCGUGGCCGGCGCAUUUGGUCGGUCAGCAUGGCGAGUGGCUAUUCGCACGAGGCCUGGAUCGCGAUCGCGGCGGCUUUGGCGAGGCUCUGCGCGCCGAGCAGCAGCGCGCGCAGGAAGUGGACCCGCAACGUGUCCUGGUCGACCGUCAGUGCGGCGCGGUUGCGAAGUCAGGAAGCGAGUUGCUCAUGAUCAUCCUGACCGUGCUGCUGGCGAUCCGGAUACCCGCAUUGGCCUCGUGGGCGCUGAGUUUUCUCGUCGCCGCUUGGCGAGCGUGCGCGGGUUUCCACAAGCGCGACAGACGCCCCGGAGCAGGGCCCUCCACGGCGGCAUAUCCCGCGGCAUUCUGCCGCGACUGGGCUUCUCUCGUCGCCGACUUGAAAGGCGAGGCGCGCGGCAGGAUGCAGGAGGCACAGGGCGACGAUGCCAUCGCGAGCUCCGGGAGUAGUCCUGGCGCCAGUGGCGCCUCGAAAUCUCUGCUGAUCAACGAGAUCGCUGUUGCCGACUCGUGGAUUCUGGAUGGGGUGCGCGCCGGACUCGAGCAGACAGCACAUCGACAUGCGAGAGGUGCGAGCCUAUGCCCAAUGCCUGGGGCGGCAAGUCGCUGCCAGGACAGGUUGCCGGCAGGUGUACCUGCUGGAUUCAUUGGUCGGCCUCGGGGCCCUGGCCAUAAGUCGCCCUCCCAGGAAGCCGGUCCAAUGUGGGGCUUCGACGGGCUGUGCCAUUGCCUGGUGGCCAUUACCCGGUGGCCACUACCCGGUGGCCACUGCGUCCCCACUCGCCUGAACGCAGCCGACGAUCCGACCCGGAACCGCGAGGCGCGGCAGGCGGGAAUCCGCGGGGGGUGGCCUGCCCUGGAGAUCGAGGCCGACUACGACUUCUUCGACUCCGUCGCCGCGCUGCACCUGCAGCGCCGCGCUGUGUCAGACCGGGCCCGCCUCCUCUUCCUUGCGACUCGGCGGCAGCCCCGGAGGCCGUGGCCAUUGGCAGGGCGCAUCUUCGACGGCGCGCUGGGCUACCCAUGCCGCGACAUCGCGCGGCUGCUUGCCAGAUGCGGGCAAUAUCUUUACGACGUAGGUGGCCCCGUCGGGGACUUCGCCGAGACCGUGAACGCCGUGGUGGACUUGGACCGGUCGCUCCGGCGCCAGUUGCAGGCAGCGUGGGACGUGGUGGACGCGUGGCAGCUCCUGGCCUUGGCCCCCGCUGACGUGCUGUUGCGCAGCGCCCUGAUCUCCAACAGAGCUCGGGCGUAUGUCAGAAUCAACCUGCCGAAGACGCGACGCCUGGCUGCCCGCCGUCAGCGCGCGCGGUUUGACGAGCCGGUGUUGCUCGACUUGCUCGUGGCGUGGUUGCCGCGCACUCCCGAGCGGCAGCGGCCGCGGGCCGACAGUGCCUUCCAGCGCCGACGGGCUCUAGUGUCUCAGUUGGGCGUUCCCGCCAGCAACGGCGGGAUCACGCCUGCCAGCCAUCGGGCCGGAGGUGCUACUUUUUUCUUCGAGUCCAACGACAACCUCGCCCAGACACGGCGGCGCGGCAAAUGGACCUCAGCCAGGGCGCUCGAGGUCUAUAUCCAGGAGGUUGCUGCCGCGGGCCUCCUGCCAGAUCUCCCCCGUGCGGCCCGCGACCGCAUUCGCGAACUUGCCGCGGCAUGUCCGGAACUGCUCGAUCUGUGCGCGCGUGCGCUCAGUUGCGCGUGCCGGCUGAACGGGGUGUGGGGCAAUGGACAAUGGACGCCACAGGUGAACUGGGGCAUUAUGGACAAGCGCAUUGACACCACCAUGGGCGGCCCGACCCUCCUGCCGAGCGCCUUCGUGGCGCCCGCGCCCUCGGCGCGCCCGACCGCCUCGGGGGCCACCGUGCGGGGGCAGGUGGCCCGGGCCGCGCGCGGCGGCGGAGAGUACGACGUCAGCGAUGCCGACAUCCAGGCGUUCUACGACGAGACGAUCUCGGGCAGCGGCGGCGACCCCCCGAAGGGUUCGAUCACGGCGGAGCUCAUCGUCAAGCACUUCCACGGGGUGUGGGACGCUAGGGGCACGUUCACCCGCUACAGCGGCCAGUGGAAGGGUCCGCCCCCCGGGGGGAUCGGCAAGAGGGACAUCGCCGUCGGCAUCGCGGGCCUCAAGGAGCAGAUGAAGUUGGGCAAGCACGUCGUCAAGGGCGGCCCCGGGAACGACGAGACUCAGAAGGUGAAAGACGACGGAAAGGGCUGGGUCUGGCUGGCCGCCGACAUGAGCCCCGGCGGCCUGGCGGUGCAGCUGUACACCUCCGUUCCGUACGGAAAGCGCCCGCUGCUUGUCGCCAAGCGCUCCGAGGUGGACACCAUGUUCGAGAAGGACCGUGAACUGGGGCAUUAUGGACAAGCGCAUUGACACCACCAUGGGCGGACCCCAGGUGAUCCAGCGGUGAUGGCCCACUAUACCCGCUCCGUCAUGUAUUUCGUGAGCAGGAUCUUAGUUUAGAAUGCCGCAAUGUACCCACGCCGCGGCGAUUGUAUCAUCAAGACUGAAAAA